AUGGCGGAGACACUGAGGCGAGUGCUCAGCGCAGGCGGCGCGGCUGGGCCGGGCGAAGAGCACGGAGCCGAAGUCGGGCCUCCUGUGCUGCUGCUCGGCGGUCCUGGCUGUGGGAAGACGGCGCUGCUGUUCGCGGCUGCCUUGGACGUGGCGAGCGAGGGUCGGGGCCCCGUCCUCUUCCUGGCCCGGCGACCUCUGCAGAGGCUGCCUCUCCGGACGCGAGCGGCGUUCGACCCCCUACGGCUUCAGAAGAUCCGCUUCCAGUACCCACCCUCCAUGCGGGAGCUUUUCCGGCUCCUGUGCUCUGCCCACGAGGCCCAGGGGCCAGCCCCCGCCCUCCUGCUGCUGGAUGGCCUUGAGGAGUACCUGUCAGAGCACCACGCGCCCCACGAAGCUGCCCGCCUAGCUGCCUUGCUUCUGGACACUGCUGCCCACUUCAGCCACCGGGCUGGGCCCAGUGGGGGCUGUGGGCUCAUGGUAGCCCUCCAGACCCAGGAGGAAGCAGACAGUGGGGACAUGCUGCAGUUGGCACUGCUCCGGCGGUAUCUCUCUGCCUGCUGUUGGCUGCAGCCAGAUGCACCAGGCCCCUCGCAGCGCUGCCUCCGAGCCUGUCUGGAGCCGGGCAGGCCGGGCCCCAGGACAGAAUGGUUGGUGGCUUUCCAGCCAGAUGGAGAGAUGGCCAUCACCCCAUUGUCUGCUGAGAUGGGUGACCCCAGCUCAGACCAGGGCCCCUACUCUAGAGGCCAGCCCUGAGCUUUGGAGUGCAACUGCCUCUCUCUGUUUGUUCCCCAUUUCUAAGCCGAGGGUUGGAAUGCUUAACCUCAGGGACACAGUGUGCAAAUUCCAAACCCAAAAGAAUGUCCAGUGCCUUGGCCUCGUUUCAAAGAGCUGUCGCACACAUCUUCUGCCCAAACCACAUACUGCUUCGUGUUGCUUUGACCUUUAUAAAAUGAGUUUUAUACUAAAUGUCACCGGAAACUUCUUUUCCCAUAAACAGUUGUAAGAUUCA